UGAGGGAGUGAAGGGAGAGAUGACCACUCGCUCCAUACAUCUCCUCCAGCCACCACAUCUCCUCCUCCACUAUCAUGUAUAAGGUGUUCGUGCUGUCCGUGAUGGCCGUGGUGGUGGCCGUGGCUGCCGCCCUCCCCUCCAAUUCCUACCACCAGCCACAGACGUACAAGGAGGAGCCCAAGCCGUACUCGUUCUCUUACGGUGUCCAGGACGACUACGCCGGCACCAACUUCGGCCAGAACGAGCAGUCAGAUGGCAACACCGUCAAGGGCUCGUACACCGUGCAGCUCCCCGACGGCCGCAAGCAGACGGUGAACUACGAGGCUGACCACUACAAGGGCUUCGUGGCCGACGUGCAGUACUAUGGGGAGGCCCAGUACCCCCACCAGUACGGCCCCCCAGUCACUUACAAGCCCCAGUACGGCUACCAACCAUCGCCCUCCUACCACUAAACCCCACC